CCCUCCUCUGCGUCUUCGUCUUCGUAGCUGUUGUCGUUGUCCGUGUCGGUGCCCGUGUCGUUGUCGUUGUCGUCAUCGUCGGCGUUGUCACAACUCGGUAUAAAUAUUCAUUCUGACGAAUCUACCUGCGGCAAAGCGGCGCUAAUGAAGCGAACAAAAUGAAAAUGAAAGGACAUAAUUAUGCUUAUGUUUUACGUGUUAAGUGCUUUGCAAGCACGAUUAAGGAGGUUUAUCACCCGCAACAGCGGCAGCAACACGAGCGAGCAGCACGACAACAGCAGAGGCAGCAACAUCAGCGACAACAGCGGCAACAGCGACAACAGCAACAGCAACUGAAACAGCAACAGCUGCGACGGCAGCAGCAUCAGGAACAAACGCGUUAGACACUCACCCAAAACACAUUGACACGCCCCAAGCAGUCACAUACAUACACAGAUACACACUCACACAUAGGCACACAUUUACAUGCACACACAUAAUGCUUAAAGCAAUGACAACACCAGCAAUACUGUCAGCAGAAUUCGCGGCUGCCGCUGCCGCUGCUGCGGCUGCUGCUGCUGCUACCAUGGAUGAUGAUGUCCCAACGAGCAUUUUGGAAAUAGAACUGCCUGCCAUUCUGCUCAACGAGAGCCUCUUCAUCGAGCUGAAUGGCAAUCUAAGCCAACUGGAGGACACGGCCGUCAAUCUGAGCCAAAUCAUUUGGAAUCGCAGCGAUGCCAGUGGCAGCAGUGGCAGUGGCAGUGGCAGUGCAAACGGCAAUGGUAAUGGCAGCCCCAUCUUUGGCCUGGAUGAGCAGCGGAGGGCGGCCAGCGAGCGGGAGGCAGCCGAGUUCUGGCUGCUGGUCAAGAUGAUCGCCAUGGCCGUCGUGCUGGGCCUAAUGAUACUCGUCACCAUUAUAGGCAAUGUGUUUGUAAUUGCCGCCAUUAUACUGGAGCGAAACCUGCAGAAUGUUGCCAAUUAUUUGGUUGCAUCUCUGGCCGUUGCUGAUUUAUUUGUUGCCUGUCUUGUCAUGCCACUCGGCGCCGUCUACGAGAUAAGCAAUGGCUGGAUUCUGGGGCCGGAACUUUGUGACAUUUGGACAUCUUGUGACGUCCUUUGCUGCACAGCAUCCAUACUGCAUCUGGUGGCCAUUGCGGCGGACAGAUAUUGGACGGUCACCAACAUUGACUACAACAAUCUCCGGACCCCGCGGCGUGUCUUCAUGAUGAUAUUUUGCGUCUGGUUUGCCGCCCUGAUUGUGUCCCUGGCACCGCAGUUUGGCUGGAAGGAUCCGGACUACUUGAAGCGCAUCGAGGAGCAGCACUGCAUGGUUUCACAGGAUGUGGCCUAUCAGAUAUUUGCCACCUGUUGCACGUUCUAUGUGCCGUUGCUGGUGAUUCUGUUUCUGUAUUGGAAAAUCUACAUAAUUGCCAGGAAGCGCAUACAGAGACGCACGCAAAAGUCCUUCAACGUGACGCUGACGGAAACGGAUUGCGAUUCGACAGUCCGCGAGUUGAAGAAAGAGCGCGGCAAGCGGCGCGUGGCAGAGCGGAAGCGGCAGGAGGCCGGUGAGGAGACAUCCGCUGGCGCCACAGAGGGGCAGGUGCAGCGGCGAAGGCUCAAGCGAAUGCGAAUCUGCUUUGGCCGCAACACGAACACGGCCGGGAUCUGUGCCGGAUCGGAGGGUGCCGUGGCUCGAUCAAUGGCCGCCAUAGCCGUGGACUUUGCCAGCCUGGCCAUCACGCGGGAGGAGACUGAGUUCAGCACCAGCAACUACGACAACAAGAGCCAUGCGGGCACCGAGCUCACGACAGUCUCCAGCGACGCGGACGACUACCGCACCAGCAACGCUAAUGAAAUCAUCACGCUGUCGCAGCAGGUGGCCCAUGCCACGCAGCAUCAUCAGAUAGCCUCCCAUCUGAAUGCCAUUACCCCGUUGGCCCAGUCGAUUGCCAUGGGCGCCGGCAACCUUGCCACACCCACGGCGGGCACGUGCACGGAGGAGAGCGUAGGAGCACUGGGCGAAGGCAGCAGCCCCGGUAAAGGCCCAGGCAUGGCCAUCGGUAUGGGCACUGUACUCUCCAGCAUUGCCAAUCCACACCAGAAGCUGGCCAAGCGGCGGCAGCUGCUAGAGGCAAAGCGCGAGCGCAAGGCUGCCCAGACACUGGCCAUCAUCACGGGCGCCUUUGUCAUCUGCUGGCUGCCCUUCUUCGUGAUGGCCCUGACAAUGAGCCUGUGCAAGGAAUGCGACAUUCAUCCGGCCGUUGCAUCGCUUUUCCUUUGGCUGGGCUACUUCAACUCCACACUGAAUCCGGUCAUUUAUACAAUUUUCAAUCCGGAAUUUCGACGAGCCUUCAAGCGUAUUCUGUUUGGCCGCGGAAAUGCGGCACGGGCGCGCAGUGCGAAAAUUUGAUUUCAACUGAAGGCCAACGAGGACCAGUAUCUAUGAUUAAGGUGAAACCCCCCCGCAAAAAGUCUGGCAGAGCCAAUACUCGCGCUCGUAGAAGAGAGAGGGAGGAGUGGUGAGUAUCUCGACAUGGCAACUAAGGAAUUGGCAAUGCUUUAGAGUCUAGCAAGUAGAUAUGUAAAAGGUGUUUUAGCAGUGACAAUCCAAACCAUAGUUAUAUCUAUAAAUAAGCAAAAACACACGCAGAAACACACGUGCCCCAAAGACAAGACGCAGCAAUCGGAUACAAAUCGAAAUUUUAAUCACAACUCAAUGCUUCAUAGAGGAAGUUCGAGAUGGCAUUAUUAUUAUAAUAGAUUAAAGAUGAUACUCAGUAAAUGAUAUUGUAUAUAGCAUAUAUAUAGAUAUUUCUAAAGUCUUCCCUGUGUCUUAAAGAAGCCCAAAGUAGAGUAAACGGAAGUAAUGUUUAAAUGUUUAGUGCCCUAAGUAGCUGUAGGUGUGGAAAUGAUGUCCGGGUCAUGGCUGGGUCCAAGGAACUUACGCUUUCGUACAUAUUUCUGUGUUAGCUGAAUGUGUUUCGCCUGUAACUUACGCGCCUAAUACGAGUAUGCUCAAUUAUUUCAAUCAGAUUAUAUACAUACAUACGUAUAGAUAAGGCCAAGUAAGUGUAUCCAUGAGUGUGUUUGUUUAUGUACGAGUCAAUAUCAAAUUGUAACGAAUUUACACGACAACAAAAUAAUUAUUCUAUGUAUAGGGAACUCGCGCGCAUAUUAACAAUAUGAUUACAUUAUAUUAAAAGAUCAAAUUCAAUUCCUGUGAAACACUCCAAAAACGCUUACCCAAGCCGGCCAAUUAGGCGGCUACGGCUACGGGUAGGCAGCUGAAAAAUUAAUUCCAUAACAAUGAGCUCGAGUGCUAGGGGAAAAGCUGAAACUAGAGUGGAAAAUCCACAGCCCUUGCAAUUGUAAACCCCAAACCACAAAACACUAAAAGUUGCAAAAACCAGAGCAGUUCUGGUUGGGAUCAGUCAUGAUAUAUGAGCUGUACUCAAACGCAUACCAUAUGCCGUAUAUGUGUGUAUGUGUGUAUGUAUGCGUAUAAUUUAUAUGUACUCGGGUAUAUUUAUGGUACAAUUUUUGAAAAGUUUUCUUGUUAAUAAAUGGACUUAUAGUUUUAGCAGAUAGUCAACCAGAAACCACCCCGACAACAACUACAAAGAACUUGAAAAUUCAACAACUACAAUAUACAAGUCUAUAAUAAAUGUAUGUACAUAUGUACAUAUGUAUGUAUAAUUUAUGUAAGUGUGUAUGUGUGCAAUGUGCAGCUGUAGGAAACGUCUAUUAAGUCGAUGCUUUUCCAGUUGAAACAAAAUAUGCUUCAAAAGUGCAAUAUGUGCAUGUAUGUAUAUGUGUUUAUUUAUAUGUGUCUGUGAGUGUAUUUAUUCAACUUCUCGAUGUGUACUUGAUGUCAAAGUUAUUA